AUGGAGCCGAGCGCCAGGCGCGGGCGCGCCGCCGAGGAGGGCCCGCGGCCCGAGGAGGAGGAGGUGGACCCCCGCAUCCAGGGAGAGCUGGAGAAAUUAAAUCAAUCUACCGAUGCUAUCAAUCGGAGAGAGACGGAGCUGGAGGAUGCACGCCAGAAGUUCCGCUCCGUGCUGGUUGAAGCCACAGUAAAAUUGGAUGAACUGGUAAAGAAGAUUGGAAAAGCUGUGGAAGACUCUAAACCUUACUGGGAAGCACGGAGGGUGGCCAGGCAGGCCCAGCUGGAGGCUCAGAGGGCGACUCAGGAUUUCCAGAGGGCCACUGAAGUGCUGCGUGCUGCAAAAGAGACCAUUUCCCUCGCUGAGCAGCGGCUGCUGGAAGAUGACAAACGCCAGUUUGACUCUGCCUGGCAGGAGAUGCUCAACCACGCUACUCAGAGGGUCAUGGAGGCAGAACAGACCAAGACGAGAAGUGAGCUGGUUCACAAGGAGACAGCAGCCAAAUACAAUGCUGCCAUGGGCAGGAUGAAACAGCUGGAGAAGAAGCUGAAAAGAGCCAUCAAUAAAUCCAAACCUUAUUUUGAACUCAAGGCGAAGUACUAUGUCCAGCUAGAGCAACUGAAGAAAACAGUGGAUGACCUGCAGGCAAAGCUGGCCCUGGCCAAGGGAGAGUACAAGACUGCCUUGAAAAACCUGGAGAUGAUCUCAGAUGAGAUCCACGAGAGGAGACGCUCUGCCGCCAUGGGGCCCCGGGGCUGUGGUGUGGGUGCUGAAGGCAGCAACACCUCUGUGGAAGACCUGGCAGUGAGCAAACCAGAGUCAGACACCAUCUCCAUGGCUUCGGAGGUGUUUGAGGAUGACAACGGCAGCAGCCUCGUAUCCGAAGAAGACUCAGAGACUCAGUCGGUGUCCAGCUUCAGCUCUGGCCCCACGAGCCCCUGCGAGGUGCCCGCUCAGUUCCCUCCUGUCACACGACCCGGCAGCCUGGAGCUGCCCAGCCCCGUGUCCCUCUCCGAGUUCGGGGCCAUCUUCCCGGUGCUGGGCCCCCGUAGCGAGUGCAGCGGCGCCUCCUCCCCCGAGUGCGAGGCUGAGCGAGGGGACAGGGCAGAAGGGGCUGAGAACAAGACGAGUGACAGAGUGACCAAGAGCAGGAGCGGCGUGCGGAGCGGCUCUGCGGAAGGGCUGGCUCUGGAGAACAGAAUGAAGCAGCUCUCCCUGCAGUGCAUGAAGAUCAAAGAGGGGAUCUGUGCCGGCAGGAAGGCUGCCCAGAUUGGCUGAGGCCUCCUUCUGCCCUGUCCUCUGUCCUGAUGACUGGCAGUAUAAAUAUUUCUAGAGGACCUUCUGAGUGUUUGAAGAACCCUGUGCCAAUACCAGAUGCCAAACCUUAAGCCUUUCCUCUCAGAAUGUGAAGCUGCACUUAAGAUGUCUGAUCGCUGUGGGGGGCUGAAGGCGUUAUUCAGUGACUCCUUUGUAGGCUGGAUGAGUUCCCCAGUGUUGAAGCUGUGCUGAUAGUUCACAGACUUUGUAAAUUGUUUUGUAGCAGCCUGGCUGAAGCAAUAACCAGUAAAGUUCCUGUGUCAGUUCAUGCCUGGAGCGGGGGCUGAAAUUCAAGCCAGACGUUUGGCUUCAGGUUUGUAGGAUGGAAGGGUCUGUAGAUAGCCGUGGAGUUCUGGAGUGUAGGUGGCAUAGUCUUUGAACACCUAUGUUUGUCUGUGUUACACUGAACUAGGAAAGCUGUUGCAUGCAUGGGGUCUAACAGCCUUCACUCCUCCCUGGUGGUGAAGAGGAGUCACACCUGUAAAAACUGGUGUGGAGAGAUGGACAGGAUGGGAAUGCUCAAGGUGCUGAGCCCCCUUCCAGCUGCCUGCCCGAGUCUGGCUGGGACACCAAGAGUGAUUCCAGUGACUCAAAAAAAGAGUUGAUUGGCCUCUUGCCCUGCCCUGGGAAGUGUUCUUCUCUAGCACUUUGCUUUUGCUCGCCGCCAGGAGUCAUUGAUGUGUUCAGGACAGCUCUGCUCAGGGCUUUGCCCUGCCAUCUGCAUGAAGAAAAGGGAUUGCCAGUGUAGCUGACUGUGUUCUUGAGCUUCUCUGUAGGUUGUGCUGUGUGGGGGCUGUGAGAGGGGCUGGGGAUUUUCUGUGCCCUGCAGGGAGUGUUCCAGAAAAACUAGAGAGGGCUCAGGCGUGUUUUGCCAGCAGCUGUUAGGCAGUAGUAGUGUCUGAUAAUUAUGCUAGUAAGUGGUAGUAAAAAUCCUAGGACUCGUUGGGUUUUGGUGGCUCAGCGUUUCUGAGAUCCCCUUUUAUCUGAGCUGUCAGUUUAUAUUGCUCAUUGGAUGGGAUUUUAGUAUUGCCCCCCAGGUCUUUUCUAUUCUCUGUUUUUGCAGUCCUGUUGUAUUCCAUCCCUGCCACAGCUCGUGUAUCUCCUCUCAAGUUAAUGUAAACCUCUUCACACUACAGUAAACACUUUUGUUUUCCACCUUUCACGU